AGCCAGAGGGCUGACCCACCUCCCAAGGCUGGCGGUGCUGCCGACCUGGCGCCCUGCGGAAGCCUCCCUGUAGAAGACUGGGGGCUCUCCCGCAGCCAUUCCUGUCCGCACGGUGAUGUUGGUCACCUGCUGGUCCCGCUUCCCCCCGGCAGGCUGGGCACCCACCACGCGCUGCCCAUGCUGGGCAGCCGGGAGCAGGAGGUAGAGGGCAAGGGUGAGGAGCGCCCCGAGGAGCAGGAGCCCCAGGUGACUGCGGGCAAGCAGCAUCUCCGCUCCUCCCGGAGAAGGAAAAUGGCAGCAAGGGGGCUGGCAGCCCCAAACCCACUGCUGGGGGGCAAGCCCCAGAUCACGGUGCUCUCCUCAGCUCCGGCCUGCGACCCUCGCACCCCGUGCUGCCAGCCCCACUCGGUCCCGGGCUCCCGAGCUCCUGCUGGCUCCGGCCGCCGGCCCCGCCGCCCCUCAGCUCCAGCCGGCACAUGCGGCGCCCCUGGCCCCGGCCCGCACGGCGCCGCAGCGGCGACCCCAGGCUCCGCCUGGCGGGAGGCCGCAGCGCUGCAGGCCCCGAGGGCCGUCAGCCGGGCUCCUGCCCGCCGCACCGAGCGGUCGGCACGGCCCCACCGAGCCAAGGCCUCGGGAGAGAACGGAGGGUGCCGGGAGGGGAGCUCCGGUUUCGCAGGGCCCGUCUGGGCCUUGGCCAGGCGUGUCAGAAAGUUGCCACCUCCGAGUACCUCGGCCGAUGGGGAAAGGAGGAGGGACCUUGCGGCCAGGAAACGAGCAGCUGCUUCCCCCCUCCCCGCCCCAUCGGCCUUCGGACCCGAGACACGGUCCCCCGGCCCCGUGGUGCGGCACGGAGCAGGAGGCGAGGGGCGGCCGGCACUAGCGCGACCCCGUGGCAUGGCCGCCCCGCAGCUCACCGAGAGCACCGUCACGGUGGAAGGCCAAACCCUGUUCUACCGCCGAGCCGAGCCGGCCCAGCGGGCACCAAAGCUGAGCGUCCUGCUCCUGCACGGCAUCCGCUUCUCCUCCGACACCUGGCUUCAGCUGCGGACACUUGCCACGCUGGCUGAAAACGGCUACCGAGCUGUGGCUAUUGACUUGCCGGGCUCAGCUCGCCCUCCCGCCAUGGCAUCGCCGGAUGGAGCCAGCAGCGUAAGUGGCAGCCCUGAGGACACGGAGCUCAGCAUCACCCUGACCCUCCGCAUGCUCAUGCAUGGCAAGGAAAUUGGCAGCAUCAUCGGGAAGAAAGGAGAGACGGUUAAGAGGAUACGAGAGCAGAGCAGUGCACGCAUCACCAUCUCAGAGGGGUCCUGCCCCGAGCGCAUCACCACCAUCACCGGCUCCACUGAUGCCGUCUUCCGUGCCGUCUCCAUGAUCGCCUUCAAGCUGGAGGAGGACCUGGGAGCAGGGAGUGAUGGGGCAGCAGUGGGCAGAUCGCCAGUGACGCUGCGCCUCGUCAUCCCAGCCAGCCAGUGUGGCUCGCUCAUCGGCAAGGCAGGAGCUAAGAUCCGGGAGAUCCGGGAGAGCACCGGGGCGCAGGUGCAGGUGGCUGGUGAUCUGCUGCCCAACUCCACCGAACGGGCUGUCACUGUCUCAGGGGUGCCAGACACCAUCAUCCACUGUGUGAGGCAGAUCUGCGCUGUCAUCCUGGAGUCGCCUCCGAAGGGGGCCACCAUCCCCUACCACCCUGGCCUCUCCCUGGGCACCAUCCUGCUCUCUGCCAACCAGGGCUUCCCCAUGCAGAGCCAGUACAGUGGGGUCUCUCCCGCAGAGAUGACGAAGCUGCAGCAGCUGUCAGGGCACAUGCUCCCCUUCACCUCCCUGGGCCACGCACCCUCCAUGGUGCCAGGCCUGGACACCAGCUCCCAGAACAGCUCCCAGGAGUUCCUGGUGCCCAAUGACCUCAUCGGCUGCAUCAUUGGCCGUCAUGGCAGCAAGAUCAGUGAGAUCCGGCAGAUGUCAGGCGCCCACAUCAAGAUCGGGAACCAGACCGAGGGCUCCAGUGAGCGGCAUGUGACCAUCACAGGGUCCCCCGUCAGCAUCACUGUGGCUCAGUACCUCAUUACAGCCUGCUUAGAGACAGCCAAAUCUACCUCCCAGGCGCCACCGGGCCCUGGCUCCAUGGACCUCGGCAUGGGCUUCUCCCAGCCCCUCACUCCGGGCUCCGGCGCAGUGCUGCCCACCGUCGCUCCAGCCCCCCCAGCCCUGCUUGGCACCCCCUACACCAUCUCUCUCUCCAACUUCAUUGGCCUCAAGCCAAUGUCCUUCCUGGCGCUGUCCCCGUCCUCUGUGCCAGGUCCCAAUGGCGGCACCAACACCUACACGACCAAGAUCUCGUCAGCCAACGGCACCAAGAAAGCCGACCGGCAGAAGUUCUCACCCUACUGAGCCCCACCAGCGGGUGGGCAAAGGGGUCCAGGGUGUUACCUGGUGCCAGGGACACCUCCCUGCCACCCACCCUGUCCCCCAGCCCCUGCCAGGGGCCCCAUGUCUGGGGUGGACCCCGUUGCCCCUCACCCCAGGGAAGGGAAGAGUUUUCCCAGCAGUGAUACCCAUUGGAGGAAAGGGCUGCUCCACUGCCAGCUGCCCAGCCCAGCAGUGCUGUGCCCCCCUCCCCAAUUUUCCUGCAUGGGGACCACAUGCCCUGGUUUUGGUUGGAGGGGCUGUCCCUGAUGGCCCGCGGUCCCUUCACCCAGUGCUGGUGUGGGACCCCUGCCUCCUGCCCCUCCCCCUGCGCACCCUGCUGUCCCACCCCUGCCCACCCUCUGGCUGGCAUCCAAAAGCUGGAUCGCACCAGAUGAGGGGCUGCCUGGUCUCUCUGGGGGUCCCCUUUCCCCUGGCUCUGUGGGGGGCACUCCCCAAUCACCUCCAAGCAACCCCAUCCAAGAGCCAGUCCCUGCUGGCUUGGAAAUGCUGUAUAUAUAAGUCUAUAUUUUUUCCUCCUUUGUAACUUAUCAAUGGUUUAAUAAAAAGAUAAAAUUUACAAGAAAAAAA